GCUGUUCAAAUUUUACGCACCUGUCAGAAGCCAUUCUUUUGUUAGUGGAGCAAGCCUCUUCGAAGUUUACUGGCAAAUACUACACAACCAGGCACAGAAAAUGGCACCGCAGACGAAAAGAACGUUAGAAGAGGGAGAAUCGCUCUUAGAAGGUGCUAAAGCACUCGUUCUUGAUAUUGAGGGCACGAUCGCACCAAUAUCAUUCGUAAAGGAAAAGCUGUUUCCUUAUGUGAGAGAGAAUUUGGAAUCCUACCUCUCUACCAGAUAUGACGAAGAAGAAACUCAAGCAGAUAUUUCAGCAUUAAGAGCACUGGCUGCAAAAGAUAAAGAAGAAGGCAAAGAUGUUGUUCAGUUGCCGGAGAAAGAGGAUGGCAACAAAGAUGAUGUCAUUAAAGCAGUUGUUAGUAAUGUCAAUGCACAGAUGGAUGCUGACAGAAAAACAAAAGAAUUAAAAGAUUUACAAGGUCAUGUGUGGAGGGAUGCCUAUAAACAAAAAAGGAUUGAAGGAGAAUUAUUUGAAGAUGUAGCGCCAGUAUUACAGCAGAUAGCAGAGGAGGACUUUAUGUUGUUUAUAUACUCGUCAGGAAGUGUUGAAGCUCAAAAAUUACUGCUAGCAAACACAGCAGAUGGUGAUAUUACAGAUAUGUUUAUGGGUUUCUUUGAUUCAACACAAGGACCAAAGACAGAAAGUGAGAGCUAUAAGAAUAUACAGAAACGAAUAUCAGAGGAGCAGGAAGUUAAUGCUGAGGAGAUCUUAUUUCUAACAGAUUCUCCUGCAGAGGCAAAGGCAGCAUGUGGGGCAGGUUGGCAAGCAGUAUUGGUGGAUAGAUCGAUGGAACAGGAAGGUGGUAUAGAACUCACAGAGGAAGAUAAACAAAACUUUAUGGUGAUAGAAAACCUCAAUGAUCUGUUUGGUGAAGAUGAUGAUGAAGAUGAAGCAUAUGGCGGGGUAAAACGACCACGGUUGGAGGGUAAUGGAGAGUGUGAUGGUGAGGAAGAUGAGGAUGAUGAUGAGGAGGGUUUGGAGGGAGAAGAUGAUGAGGCUGCAGCAGAUUUUGGUGAGGAGGAGGAGGGGGCUGAAGAUGACGAAGAAGAGGAGGCAUGAAAUGGCAACUAAAAUUUGCCGGAAAUUAAAUGGCAUAUUUAUCAUUGAAAAGGCGUGGGAAAACAAGCUAUAGGUGUGCUAUUCAAGAUUUUACUGAAGAUACUUUAAAUGAAGUGUUUAUAUACAAUUUUUAAAGUCUUUUCAAAGAUGGGAAAGAUAAAAAGCAUACUAGAACUUUACGCAGAUUUACAUUGUUUAUACAUAUUACUUACGCAAUCAUUUAAAAACCAUUUACAUUACAACAGUUUACAUGUGUCAUAAUUCAUGCCUUAUCGUAACAACAUCAUGUGAUCUCAUUUACACUUCUAUUGACAGAUGCAGUUGUUUUAUAAUGACAACUGUGAUUAAUUAAUUAAUUGUGCCCAUAUACCACAUACUUAAAAAAAAAUUAAAAUAGGUAAUCAGGGUGAAAACAUGUAUGAGUCUAUUAAAUCGAUCAUUUCAAUUUAAAACUUUUUAAUUGUAAUGUUUAUUUCUGUAUAUUAAUGGCUGAUAAAAAAGACAUAAUUGAUAAAAGUUGGGGCUGUAUUAUUGAGAGUGGACAGUGUUUCUCCCAACAAUCCUGGUGGUUGUGUCCAGUGAUUUAUCACUUGUUAGGAAGCCUGUCAAAAGUCAUAUCAUUGUACUGUGUUUGUCAAGGAUAAAUUGUUCUUAUCCAGAAUAUCAGGGAUAUUGUCAUAGCUGCACAUUCAAUACACCUUUGUUCAAGGUAUUUAUCACAACUUUGUUACGAACCAUUUGUAAAUACGGCCAAAUGUAUGUCACAUGCUUCACAGGUUUUGAUCAGUAAAGUAGAUUACGCUGUUUGGGCCAAAUGUAUUUCAGCUGCUUCUCAGACUUAUUUUUGAUCAGUGUAGUAGAUUGCGCUAGUCAUAUAUAUACUCUUGAUUGAUUUAAUAACUGCAAAUUGCAUUCAUCGGUAUUUAUAUUAAUUUAAGUGAAACAAAAAUGCCACUUUAUGAAAAAGUGUGUGUUAAGUUUGCUUUCCCCAAUAUACAGAUCAAAACAUCAAAAAUAUUUUUUUAUUUAAAGAAAACUUAACAUUUGACUUAUUUUUUUCCAUUUUUUAUGUGUUAGGUAUUUAGUUAAGGUUGUGUUACAAAUACAUACAAAACCUUUGUUUUUUUGCAAAGGGUGUUAAGCAUGUUAAACUUUCUACCAUUGUUGAUGUUUUCUUUUUAAAGGUACUUCUUUCUAGUAUUCUAUAAUAUAUUUGUAACAUACAGGAUGGUUUUAUUCUUGUCUUUGUCCCUUUCUAAAAAUGUUAUUUAUUUACAGUGGUUUCUUAUUCAUAAGCACUUUAAACGGUUUUCUUAGAAUUUAACAUACCUGUAAAUAUAGGUAACUUCUGUGUAGACAUUUGUGUAAUGAAGUUUGUUGUAAUGAUAUCACUUUAACACCGCAACAGUUAAAUAUGUGAUUUAUGAUUAUUACAUCUGUGUUUUUGUACAUUUUUAUAUUGUAUUUUAUUUUGUAUGUUUUCAAGUUAUCUUGGUGUAAAACUUACUUUAAAUGAAAUUAGUGUAUUUGACAGACUUCCUUUAUACUUACAAUGUAGAGUUAUCUCAAGUUGUUCUACCUAUAAAAGGAUGUUUAGUGUACAGUUUCAAAAAUAAAAUGACGUAUCUGUACAUGCAAAGGUAAAUGCUAAAACUAGGACAAAUCCAAAUAUAAUCCAAGAUCAGUAUUAAAGCAUCUCGGUCUAAAGCAAUCUUAAAGUUCUGAAACUUCAUCUGAAUGUAUACUUAAAACAGUUGCUAUAUAAACAUUGUUGCCUACUAGGUUAACCAGAGUAGGUAGAACACUUGACUGAUGGUCUAGGGAUGGAAGACUAGGCAAUUGUUCUCUCUUAUUGUUUCACAGAAGACAAAUUUGUCCUAAGUCAAUCGUGUUUCACCUCUAAUGUGUGUAAAGAAGUUGUUAGCCAAGCAGGUUUACAGGUAGAGUAGGAUUACUGUUGAUCAUUAUGUGUUAAAGCUAAUGAACAAAUGCAUGUUGAGAAGGUUUUACGCCAAGAUGGCAUAAAUUGUAUAUUGACGAGCCAAGCACAUAAAGUACCAAUAUCUUCAUGUCGAGUCGUGUUUCUUACUGCUAAUGUGGUGGCACCUCGCAUGUAAGAUUCUGUAAAUAGAUUAUUGUCGGAUCUGAAUGUUUAGUGUGAGAGUUAUGAAAUACAUGUAUAUAUUUUGGAGGUGUGUCUCAUUUUUAGAUAGCAAAACCUUUUAUAGAAGUGUUUUAUAUUGGCCAUGCAUUCUAUUUAAUUGUACUGGAAAAUAGAAAAAAAAUUGUUUGCCAAGAAAAACAUUUGUUCAUGUAACUGUAAUGUUUGUAAAAGUAAAACAUGUUAUUCAGUGUAUGAGAUGGUUUGAACAAAUUUAAUGGAAUGUCCACAAUAGGACCUUUGUUUGUAUUACAAGUUAACAACACAUUUUAAUAGUAACCUUUUCACUGUUCAAAUAUUAUUUAACAUGUUUCUUAUGAUAUACUUUCUUACAGUGUUCAUUUGAUCUCUGUGUUCAUACUUUAUUGCAUAAAAUGGUCCUCUACAGAAUUAUUUUUAGUCCUUUUUAAAGGAAAAUUUGUAUUUAUUAACAAUAUUUAAGAAUGGGUAAUUGAAUUACUCUAUUUUAAGUAAUAUUUUUUACUUUAUUUUAAAGUCCUAAAACUUCACUAGUUGAGUCUUGGCACAUAUAAUUUUCACUUUAUUUUUUAGAAGUGAAAUGAAAUCAUGGCAGCAAAUGAUAUGUAAUGAAUACAUAAUUCUGUAUACAUUUUAUACUGUAACAUACUAUUGGGUUGUCUGUAACAUAUUAAUUUCUAACAAUUACAAUUACUGAAUGUUUCAAAAAUUGAAUUUUGCUAAAGAUUGUUCAGUUCCUUAUAAGAACAUGAUAAUAACUAUGUUAUGUAUGUGGAAACUCGUUGAGAAGAAAAUCAGAAAUGGACCUGAAGGCAAAUGGUUGCUUCGGAAUGUGGGACAUGUUUGUUGUUUAUUAUUAUAUGUACUGUUCAUGAAACUUGCCCAUGUCAUUACUAGACUGUGUUCAAACCUGGGAUAUGUGUAAUUAGCCAUGUGACAAAGGAGUGUCAAAUAAAGUGUAGAUCUUUUCUA